UAUGAACAAUUAUUUAUCUCUAUUUAUAACUGUGUUUUUUGUUUACGAUUGUUACGACGAUCGAUAGCCAACAAACCCAACAAACUAUGUUAUAAUAGUAUAUUGUACUAAAAGCGAUAGGUACAUACAAAUAUAUUUUUUAACUUCAAACAGUUAAAACUUAAACUUAACUAAGUUAAAGUUCAACCUUCAGCCAGGCAAACAGCUCUAUCUAUUCAUUUUUGGAAAAAGUAUAAGUAAAAACUGUGAUUACAAAUACGUGAUACAGUCAGAGACUAGAGAGUAGAGAGUCAGACCAGUCAAUGAGCAUUGAGCAGUGUACGGAACGUUCAUUAAGAAACUGAAUUCGUUCACAACUAUAAUGGACAUUGAUAUCCGUGAUUUGAUAGAUGAUGAAGAUGAUGAAAAUCAAGAAGAAAUGACUGCCCAGAAGGUAUUACAAAAUGUUGAACGAGCAUGGUUAAACGAAAAAUUUAGUCCAGAAAUACUGCCACAUCAGACCGACUAUGUCGAAUGUUUGCUAGAACAAAUCAAGGGAAUGGAAGGAAACCUUGCCAAAUUAUCAAAAACUGAUCCAAAAGUGGACUUGCACAAACUUGAACUAGAACGUAUUAAAUUUGUAAUAACUAGCUAUUUGCGAACUAGGUUAAAGAAGAUAGAAAGUUUUUGUGUAAGUGUGCUUGAAGAAGAAGCCACUCGAUCUGAAGAGGAUAAGUAUUUAUCACAAGCAGAAUUGCAAUUUGCUAAAGAAUUUGCUUUGAAUGCUGACAAUCAUUUUGAUGCUAUACUCCGGCAUAUGCCUCAACUAUACAACAAAUUGGAUAGAAAUAAAAAAAUUAUCGAGCCCAAUCUAAAUAGUUUUGUUUUCUUAAAAUGUAACAAGCAUAUAGACAGUGUUAUAAUUAAAAAUACGUUGGAAGGCCAGGAAGAAGAAAUUGUAUUAGAAGAUGGUUCUCAGCAUUUGAUGCCUUAUAGUUCCGUAGCAGAAUUUGUAAAAAAUGGUACUGUUCAAUUGAUCUAAAAUAUUAAAUAAAAGUUUUCAACAUUCUUUUAUUCUUCAUUCGAUUUAUUAUUUAUGUUAUAUAAUUAAAAUUCAAAAAUAAACUGAUAUUACAAGUAAAA